UGCACAUGCGUACUCGGAGGGGACCCACGCCGUCAGCCAACGCAUGCGCUCUAGUGUCUGGGGCAACACGUCACAGGGGAAGAUGGAGGAAUAUGCACGCGAGCCCUGCCCGUGGAGGAUAGUUGAUGACUGUGGUGGAGCCUUUACAAUGGGUGCCAUUGGUGGUGGAAUUUUUCAGUCAAUUAAAGGCUUCAGGAAUGCUCCAGUUGGAAUGAGUCACAGGCUUCGUGGAAGUUUGACUGCAGUUAAGACGAGAGCUCCACAAUUAGGAGACUGGGCCAACAGUAGUCUGGAGACUGGACCCAGAGUGGCCUGCAGACUAGGCCCAGUGCCGACUGAAUUCUGGGCCUGGUGUGUUCGGGAGAAUAUGCCCAGUGUGCUCUGGAAUCUGGGUCCGGUGCGAUCUGGAGACUGGGCCCAUUGCAGUCUGGUGAUUGGCCUCAGUGUGAUCGUGAGACAGAGCCUAGCGAAUCACACGGGAGUGUUCUAUGUGAUACUUAUCAAAAGUUUUCUAGAAAUUGAUGGCCAGCAUAGCCACUGCAUUUCCCUCAACUACCUAGAGAAGAAUGAAAACACAAUUACAAUGUAUUCUCUCUGUAUUUGUGUAUUUAGAAUAAUUCAACUAUGUGGGCACUUUUAUUUAGAUGGUCCAGUGGCAAUGGUGGGAUCAGCUGCUAUGGGAGGUAUACUUCUUGCCUUGAUUGAAGGGGCUGGAAUAAUGCUCACACGAUUUGCUUCAACACAAUUUCCAACAGGUCCACAGUUUGUAGACGAACCAACUCAGCUACAAACUGCAUCAUUUGGCGAAUAUCGACAAUAUCAAUGACAAAUCCAUUGCAAUACCUCUAACUUUGUGGAUGCUGAAAAGAUGUGUUAACAAAUAAGUCACUCCAGACAUCUGUGAAGAGCACACCAUCUUAUAUGUAGUCACAUUACAAUAUUUUUUAAAAGGUGGCUGAUCAGAGUUAUUGCAGCACUGGUGUGAUUACAAAAGGUCAUUGUGGAAAGUUUGAGAAUGUAUAAAAUGAUUUUCUGCGAUUAGCCUUGAAAUAUAUGUAUAUAUGGUAUAUUCCAUAUUUUACUUUGAUAUGAAGGCCCUUAAUCAGCAACAAUUAUAUAGUCCAAGAUCAUUUUUAUGCCUGAGUUUUAUAGAAUUCUGUGGUCAAUAUAUGUGUGUAAACUAUGGUGAAAUCUAUUGACAUUUGCCCUUUGUCAUUUCAUAUUCAACAAAUUAAUCACCAUAGCCAGUACCUUCCAAAGUACUUUAAGCAGAUUUGAAUGGGCACGGUCACAAAACAUUGAGGGAAAAGUUGUUUCAUCCCAUUACAUUAAAACUUAAGGUUGAAUCAUCCAUUAAAUGGUUUAAUUUAUUCAAUACUUUGGGCACUUAAUUUGAAAGUUUUGUGCCAAAUGUGUUUUGGUAGAUAUUUUAAUUGGAUGUUAGAGGCUGUGAUAAUUACUUGACUUACAUUAUUUGUCAUUGCAUUCAACUUGACGCAUAUGGGCUAGAGAGAAAUUACUUUUACAGUUAGAAAAAAUGUUGGAAUUUGGGCACUUAUUUGAAAAACACACCUUUUUGGGUUUUCAAUUUUAAUGUGUCAUUUAUCACUUCUACCCUGCCCUUCACUACUUUAAUUGAAUUGUGCAUCAAGCAACUUGUCACUUGAUUGUACCUAAGCAAAUUUCUGAGAGUUAGUAAUUAUGGCAUAAUGAAAAAUACCAGUGUGUUUAGAACAUUUGUUCAAAAUGUUCUGAAAGUAAAUCCUCAAUAAAUAUGAAACUUAA